CCCUCGGCGGUGGGAGGGGCGUAUUGUUGCAGCUGAGCCCCAGAGUUUAUUGAUCCGAGCACUGGUCCACGCUGCGAGGAGGAUUAAGUGAUUCCGGUGCCCGCCCGGUGCAGGAAGAGACACAGAGAGAGAGAGAGACAGUGCGGAUGGGGGGCAACAGUCCGAGUCACCUGUCCCGUGACGACGGUGACGGCGGAGGAGUCACUUUUGUGAAGGGCAUUCGGCUGUCGGACAAGGUCAUCCAUCGGAUGAAACAGUCGUCAAAGGUGGUCCGCCCUCAGCUCUCACACAAUGGAGCUCCUCCUUCACGCUCACCUGAAACACCAACACCCACUCCACCCUCCGCCCCCUCUGUUGAAGACAUGUUACCUCCCCUGACGACUCCUCCUGCUCUGCUCACCCCUCCACCGCCUGCUGCUCCUCGGGAAGCCCCGUCUCCAGCUCCGUCUGUGGAACCUGCUCCUCCUUCUGUAAAACUAGUGCCCCCUCCACCUGUAAAGUUUCACUCCCUUCCCCCGACCUUUGUUGAAUCUGAACCAACCCCUCCGCCUCCGCCUGCAGAGACACAAACUCCACCUCUAUCUGACCCUGUGGUCUCAGCCCCACCUCCUCCUCCAUCCUUAGUUUCUCCACAGGUCGAAGUUAAUGUGGAGGCUGCUUCUCCUCCACCCCCACCUCAAUCAGUGGAGGCACUAGUUCUACCUCCUCCUGAACCCUUUGUCAUGGAACCAAGAAGUCUGUCUACACCACCUGUUCCAGAACAAGUCAUCGAACCUCUUGUCCUUCCUCCUCCUGUAGAGUCAUCCCCAGCAGCUGCAGCUCCACCCGAACCUGCAGCUUCACCUCUCCCCUCUGAACCUGUGAAACCAUUACCUCCACCUCCUGAACCUGCUGCUGCACCUCCGCCACCUUCACCUUCACCUCUUCCCUCUGAACCUGUGAAACCAUUACUUCCACCACCUGAACCUGCAGCUUCACCUCUUCCCUCUGAACCUGUGAAACCAUUACUUCCACCUCCUGAACCUGCUGUUGCAGCGCCAUCUGUUGAACCUCUUGAACCUGUUGUCCCUUCCAUCACACUGGCGGAAGCAGUCCAACCUCCACCUACUGUUGAAUUCACACCUGUUGAACCAAUAAUCCCACACUGUCCAUCUGAUUCAGCUCCAGCUGAAGCUGUAGUUCUACAUCCUCAUGUGGAGCCUGUAGUCCCACCUGCUCCGGCUGAAGUUUUGACUCCAGUUGUGGCUCCGGCUGUUGAUUCACCACCUCCAGCUGAAGUGGUAGUCCUACAGCCUCAUGUGGAGCCUGUAUUCUCGCCUGCUCCGGCUGAAGAAGUGACUCCAGUUGUGGCUCCAGCUGUUGACUCAACACCUCCAUGUGAGCUGGUUCCACCUCCACCUCCUCCAGAGCCGGUAGCAGCUCCCUGUCAUCCUCCAGAACUCACUUUUGAAGAGCCCUGCCCACCUUGUCACUGUGUGGAGCUGGCCGUCGUACCCACUGAUGCACCUGUAAGCGAACCCCUCGUAGAGCCUCCAGCACCAGCUCCAUCUGAUCCAGCUCCAGCUCCACGCCCAGAGUCCACUCCCAUCCUGUCUCUGACCUCUGUUGUUCAGGAUGAAGUACCUGCCGUUGCCUCAGUGCCUCCGCCUGCGAAAGCUUUGGACGUUUCUCCUGAAGCGCUGGAGGAGGAGCUGAGGCAGAAGAUCAGAGAGGAGAUGCAGACGAGUCUGGAGGAGGAGAUCAACCAGAAGAGGCAGGAGCUGCAGCAACAGCUGGAGGAGAUUAGGGCUCAGUGUCAGGCUGAGGCCGGGGCAGCGGCUCAGGCUCAGGUGGAGCAGCAGGUGAAGGAGACGCUGGAGGCAGAGAAGGCUGCGUACAGGGAGAACCUGACAGACUCCAUCAUGAAGGAGCGAAUGAAGACGGAGGACGAGAGGCUCAUGGUGCAGCUUUAUUGGAUGGAGCUGAAGGCCUAUCAGCUGGAGGAGAGGGAGAAAGAGUUAAAGAAACGGGACGCUCUCUACAAGGAGCAUGUUGCAAAACUUGAAACUAAGUGUACUGACUUUUACAAAGUGACCGCAGAGAGCUUCCAGCAGGGCAAAGAGGACACACACAACCGUUUUGCGCGUUUCAGUGUCCAGCCAGUUUGUGGAGACCUGCAGAGUCAGAUUUUAAAGUGCUACAAGGAGAACACGGGAAAGACUCUGUCGUGCUCAGGUAUCGCCUCAGCCUACAUGCAGUGUGUGGAUAACGCCAAGAAGGAUAAAUUGAGCACUGGAGGUUAAUAUGAACCACUCGAUGAAGACGUCUGCACUUCUGAUACAUUUACUGCCGCAGCAAACAAACGAUGAAGGACAGAAAGCAACAAACAGAUGAAUUGAAGCAGACAGACUUUACACGUAUCCAUAAAAAGUGCCACAUACCCUCAAAGUGACUUUUCUGGUGUAGAGGCUGUGAUCUGGUCUGGUCACAAACACGGUUUAGCUUUAAAAAUGUCAUGCCUGCGACCUCUGGUUCUUAGGAUGAUCUCAAAUCUUCUUUUGCCAAAACCACAAUCACAACAGGGAGAUAUUUCUACGUGCUUGUCAAUUUUAACGAGGCAAAAAUGACAACGGAGCCUUAAAAUGGAAGUUUGCUGCAGACGGUUUUCAUUUUGUGUGAAAGUGUGACUCCAAGAUGAGAGUCUAUACUGAAUAUGUGUGUGCCUUGAAAUUAUGAUAACCAUGAGAUUGCAGAUGCAUGAAAGAUUGUGAAGGGAGCCGAGAUCAUGUGACAUGACAAAGACUUGUACUUGUUAAAGGUUACAUUCGUAAAUUAUUUCAGGAGUUUUCACCUGCUGCUUAUCUUUUCUCAAAGUCUGGUGGAUGCACAAAAAAAUAAAAGGGUGUCAAUAA